CCUGUGCAGUAUUCGAAAGAGUCAGUGUCGGGCUGCACUAAGGCAGGGGCCUGUUGUGUGUGAAAACAGGAUUGACUGAGUCGGAUCACAUCAGCCAGAAAAUGCCUCAUAGUUUCAAGGCUGGAGACCUGGUUUUUGCCAAGAUGAAGGGUUAUCCCCACUGGCCGGCUCGGAUUGAUGAUGUUGCAGAGGGAGCUGUGAAACCACCAUCAAAUAAAUAUCCAAUUUUUUUCUAUGGCACUCACGAAACUGCAUUUUUGGGACCAAAAGAUAUUUUCCUUUUCGAAAAAUACAAAGACAAAUAUGGGAAACCAAACAAGAGGAAAGGAUUCAAUGAAGGACUGUGGGAAAUACAGAACAACCCGAACGUCAGCUUUACUGCACCACUGCCAUCGAGCUCAUCAGACAGUGAGGUUCCAGAAAAUGAAGUGGUCCCAGGAAGUGGAGCAGAAGUGGAGAAAGAAGUGAGUGAUGAGGACUCUGACAAAGGCAGUAUUGAACAGAGUGGGAUCAAGAGGAAGCCCCUCCUUACAAAGAAACCACCUCCAAAACGCACGCGUAAAUCAAGUGAAGAAGAAGAGGAAAGUGGCUCCAACUCACUGGAAGAGAAUUCUGAACCAAGUUCUUCAGAAUCUGAAAAGAAUAGUGACCAAGAAUUCACACUAGAAAAAAAAGUAAUUUCCAGAACACCUCGACGAGGGCCUGCAGCUGGAAGGAAGAAAAAGAAGUAUGACUCUGAAGACGAGGAGGAAGAUGAAAAGCAGAUUAGUGGCGAUGAGGAGGAGAAAUCAGUCCAGGCUAAGGAGGAAGAUGAUGAUGAUGAUGAAGAUUAUAAGAGAGAAUCCGACUCUGAAGACUCUGUAAAGAAACCUGCCAGAGGCAGGAAGCCAGCAACUCAAAAAAAGACCCCAAAACCCCGAGGAAGGAAGCCAAAGGUUGAGAGAUUACCUUCAGUCUCCAGCAGCCUCAGCAGUGACAGUGAUAGCGAUGCUGAAGGCAAGAUCAGUGAUUGGAAAAAACGAGAUGAGGAGCGAAAGAGAGAGAUAGAAGAAAGGAGGAGGAAACAGCAAGAGGAAGAGCUGAGGAGGUUGAGAGAAAAAGAACGGGAGGAAGAAGAGGAAGAAAAGAGGAAACGGAAAGAAGAGAAAGAAAAAGAGGACGAACAGGACAAAAUACUUGAUGAUGUAGAUGAAAUAAAGAAGAAAGAACCAUCAAAAAAAACAAAAAGGAAUCGGACUAAAUUGAAAUAUGCCUCUGAUUCUGACUCGGAGGUGGAAAAGGAGGUUAAAAAGAAGCCUAAGAAACCACAUGCUGAGCCUACAAAUAAACAGAAUCAACUGAAGAAAGAGAAAGAACCGAAAGAAAGAAAACGUAAGCAGGAAGACCGACACAAAGAAAGGUCAGCCAAAGCAGAAAAGGAAAAGAAGAAAGAAGAAAAGUUACAAGCUAGGAAACUAGAAAAGAAAAAAGAGAUAACAGCAGAGCAGAAGCUUCAGAAGAUACACACUGAUAUUAAACAUGCUUUGAAAGUUGACAGCCCUGAUGUAAAGAAGUGUGUGGAGGCACUGGAAGAACUGCGAACGUUGCAAGUCACUACACAGCUGUUGCAGAAACAUUGUGAUCUGGUUGCAACAUUGAAAAAGAUACGCCGCUAUAAAGCUAGUCAGGAAGUUAUGGCAAAAGCAAGUGAGAUCUACAGUCAUUUAAAGUCCAUGUUUAUGGGAGGAGAGGAUUCUGGCAACAGUACACUGAAGAAGACUCAUUCUGAUCAGGAGCAGCAGAAAAAUAACCAAGCCAAAGAGGAGAAAGAAGCUGAGAACAAUAUGAAGGAGAACCAGGAUUCAGAUUCUUAUACUGCAGUAAAUGGAGAGACUACAUCUCAGAAGAAUGAAAUACUUCCAGAGAACGAAGAACAUGAUCAGUCACAAGUAGAAAAAGAGAAGAAUGAUGAGGAAACAUUGGUUGGCAAACAGAAUAGUGCUCCAUACAAAUCUGCCAUGCUUCAAUCAGAUGAUCAACACACCACUGACACAGAACCUGUUCCAAUGGAGAUGGAGUCAGCUAAUGAGAACUGAGGCUUUGAGCCAUAAUGGACCAUGGGACACGUUUUAAAAUCUGGGUUGCUUUCAAAGAAGAACAUUUGUCACUUGAAUCGUCCUAGAAACUAGUAAAGACUGGUUUUGUUGUCUGCCCACGUGAAGAAGCUGAAAGAGGUCACUUACUUUGCAGAACUGUAUUUCUUCAUUUUGUUACAAGGAGAAAACAAAAAUAUUGGUCAGCACGUUUAAAGCAUCUGUUUUUCUUACCUUUGAGCGAAGGAAGUGAAUGUGGCACAAAGUGCAGAAAUAACUGCCUUUUGGUGGAUUAAAUCUAUCACCAAAAGUUUCGUCCGGUUUCUCGCAACUAGCGGAAAUUCUGGAUAGAUACAAGAAGGGGGUUUUUUUUGGCCGCUAUAAUGUCAGCAAUCAGGAGAACACCCAAGGAUAUUAAUAACAGAUACUUUACUUCAUUUUAGAGUGAAAUUAUUCAUUUAAAGUUUUUGUCAAUCUGAAUUGUAUUCUCCACAAAGGUUUUGCUCUCAGAAUUAGACAAAGGAAGUGUGUUUUUCUUUUUAAACUUCUUCCAGCUGCAGUGGUCCAUCACAUUACUUCCCUAAACUGCGAAUUUCUCGGCUCCUACCUACCUUUUUUUUAAAAAGGAAGAACUGAUUGUGUAGAGAUUUCAGUUUUGUGACUAAGUACAACUUUGUUACCAGUACCAAUUAUUAAAGUGGGAGUUUUUAUAUGAUGCUGAUACUGAUGUUGUGAGCUCUCUUAGGGUCCUUUGUUCAAAAUAGGAUGCAGGAGAGUUGCAUUGCAGGGGAGACCUAUAAUGACUUGUGGAUGUUAAUACUCUGAAUUCCUCUCUCAUUCCUUCUAAACUCGAUAUAUGGCAUUCUACAAACUCUUCACACACACUAUAUUGGAAGUCAAGCUUUACCACCUAAUUUCCUAUACUAAUUCUUUUACAUGACCUCAAAACUGUGGAACUCCUUAUUGUCCAUUGUCUUCCCAUCCUGCUAUAACCUUAAGACUGAGAACUCCAUUGUUGUUUGCCUAAUCUCUGUCCUGAUAGGCCUCAUCUUCACUUUUUGUCUUAAUCUGUGGUGGUCUGCACUGUGAGACUUGACCUCUGGCUUUUGUUUGUUAAUAAUUUAAAGAAAAGAAAAUCAAAUCUGUUGUAAAAGACCACCAAGGAAGAAUGGCCUUUAGAAGGUUAAUCUAGAAAGUUUUAAAAUGCAAGCUUUUAUAUAUUAAAAACAUUUUGUGUGGA